AAAAUAUCCCUCCAGCACAAGUUGCACAACACGUACAUUGUGCACUAAAGACAAUAGAACCUGCACUAGACUACCUCAAGCCAAUAUGAACAAGUAUCUUGCCGAAGCAACGCUCCCACUUUCUGCUCCGAAGCUCUCUGAUUCCGUUUUUGAGAGCUUCUCCAUGAAGGGCAAAACUGCCAUCGUCACUGGCGCGUCCGGCGGUAUCGGUCAUGCAGUCUCGCAAGCUCUAGCUGAGGCGGGCUGUAAUGUUGCCAUGUGGUACAAUUCGUCCAAGAAGACUGAACAGUAUGCGGCAGACAUUGAGAAGCAAUAUGGUGUCAAGGCUAAAGCCUACCAAAUCAAGAUUACUGACUAUGACCAUGUUGUGGAAGGUAUCGCCGAGGUCGUCAAAGACUUUGGAAACUUGACCAACAUUGUCAUCAAUGCCGGUAUCCCCUCGCAGGAAGGAUGCCUUGACUCCAAGCCUGAUGACUGGCACAAGGUUGUCAAUGUUGAUUUCACCGGCGCCUUCUGGUGCGCAAAGGCCGCGGCACACCACUUUGAGAAGCAAAAGGAGGGCAACAUCAUCUUCACGGCCUCCAUGUCUGGCAGCAUUGUCAAUGUACCACAGAUGCAAGGCUGCUACAAUGCCUGCAAGGCAGGUAUUAUCCACCUGAGCAAGUCCCUCGCAGUCGAGUUCGCUCCUUGGUGUCGAGUCAACUCAGUGUCGCCUGGCUACAUUGAUACCGAAAUCUCAGAGUUUGCAGACAAGAGCAUCAAGGCCAAGUGGCACGAGCUUACGCCAAUGGGACGCGAAGCUGAUCCGAGAGAGUUGAAAGGUGCUUAUCUCUAUCUGGCUAGUGGAGCAAGUACGUACACGACUGGCUCCGACAUCAUUGUAGACGGUGGUUACUGCUGCCCAUAGAUCAGGAAUGCUUGCGAUCUUGCUCCAAUACAUAUUGUCUCCAGUCCUUUUCUGGCUUUGCACAUUCACCCUGCAAUUGGGCGAGCCUGUCCAUAUUGAUGCCUGAAACGAACCCUGUGCGUUCCUUACCGGGUG